AUGUAUUUCUCGGCAAUCAUUACUGCUGCUCUGGCAGGUGUUGCCUGCGCAAAGCCCAUCAAACAGAUCAAGAGGCAGACCAUACAAGAUACAUACGACUUCAUCAUUGCUGGAGGCAAGCUAUACACAGCGUGGCACAACGGCUGGACUAACCUCAAGCAGGUGGCACAGCGGGCCUCGUUAUCGCAAACCGUUUGA